GUAAAGGUCCUCAACAACACCCAUUGCAUCGAAUUACCUGUCCUAACGAGUAAAACACGUACAAUAAUAGUCAACAGAAGAAGAAUCAAUAAGCCAUUGCUAACUCCCAAACUCGAAGCUCGCGUAUCUUUUUCCCAUCACCAUCUUCUUCGCCGCCUCGCUCUCCUCGCCGCCCAUUCCCAACCUCUUCCUCCUCUCAAAGUUUUCUCUCAUUCCUUUUGUUCCCUUCGUUCCGAUCAGCACGUCCCAUCUCAGCUCCCGUUCCCGUAAUCCAUUUUCAGCUAUCUAUCUGUAAUUCUCUUGCAGCGGUCGUUUCGUGUUGCGUUCGCCGCCCGCCCGCCCGCCCGCCACCGUUUUGUUACUCAGGCGACGAGGCGAAGAACCAUGGUGCCCCGUCUCUUCCCCUGCUUCGGCGUGUCCUCCAGGAGGAUGGCGCACCACAAGAGGCACGCCACGGCCGACGAGGCGGCUGCCACCGAGGAGCAGAGGAUGGGAGGCGCGGUGCUGGUGGAGCUGUUCUCGUCGCAGGGCUGCACCACCUCGCCGGAGGGGGAGGUGCUGAUAUCGAGACUGGGGCGGGGGGACUUCGAGCUGGACGUGCCGGUGAUCGUGCUGGCGCACCACGUGGACUACUGGGACUACGUGGGCUGGAAGGACCCGUUCGGGUCCAGCCAGGGCACGGUCCGGCAGAAGGCGUACGUGGAGGCGCUGCGGCUGGACACGAUGUUCACGCCGCAGGCGGUGGUGCAGGGGCGGGCGCAGUGCGUGGGGACGGACCAGGAGGGUUUGCUCUCCGCCAUCACCUCCGCGCCUCGGUUCCCAGCUCCCACGUUCCAGGCAAAGUUCCAGCGGCCAUCGCCGGACACCUUGCAAGUCUCCCUCGCCGGAGCGCUGAAGAGCAAAGUUGACGGCCACGGCGUGAACAUAAUGGUGGCACUCUAUGAGAGCGGGCUGGUCACCGACGUCUCCAAGGGCGAGAACAAGGGCCGAGUCUUGACCAACGACUUCGUCGUCCGGAAGCUGGAGAAGCUCUGCUCCGUCAAGGACGUGUCGGCGAAGAAGACGGUCUCGGGGACCGUGAGCUUCCCUUUGUGGGAGGGCUUCAACAGCAGCAAGUGCGGCAUCGCCGUCUUCGUCCAGAAUAGUGGUUAUCAGAUUUUUGGGUCGCAGAACUUUUCGUUGCCGCACAAUGUAUGAGGGAGAGAGAGAGAGAGAGAGAGAGAGAGAGAGAGAGAGAGAGAGAGAUUGGAUCGGUCGUUCGUUUGUCAUUUGUUUGGUACUUUCAACGUGUUUUACGCACUCUCCGACCGGCCAUGACUCGGACCAUUAUGUACAGUAUGUGUUUCUGGUUUUCUAGUGCACUCUCUUUUUUC